AGCGCUGCCAACAUUAAAAGCAACCACGUCCCUCACCACUCGCUCAUAUCUAGCUGAGUGCUGGAUAUGACUGGUCCAGGAAAGAAACAUAUAUGUCAAUUCUGCGAUGAUGGCUUCGACGCCGACAGAAGAAUCUAAGCCCGCUGGUACAGUCGAUACCCGUCGAUCAAUCUUUCCGGAAGGCGGAGAAGUUCGUCCCGUCAAGCCGCUGGAAAGACCACCCAUUCUGUGUCUGGGCAGCCCCCGCACAGGUACUGCCUCGUUGAUGAAGGCACUCGAGAUACUUGGGUUUCCCAACACGCACCAUGGAUGGGAUCUCUGCGAGCUCGACCAUCUGCAAUGGCAGUGGCCAAUCCUGGACCAGGCCAACGACGCUACAUUCACAAACCUCCCUACGUAUCGCGGGACGCCCUUCUCUCGAGAGGAAUGGGACCAGGUUUUUGGGCAGUAUGAUGCCGUUUCAGACGUGGCGUCUUUCUAUGCUGAGUCUCUGAUCCCGGCGUAUCCUGACGCCAAGGUGAUCCUCGUUGAGCGCGAUAUCGACGCUUGGUGUAAUAGCAUGCAGUCUGUUGUUAAGCCGAUAAUGAGCCCCUGGAUGCGUUGGUUCGUCACAAAAGUCGGCGACUAUGCUGGCUACCCAUGUGGCUCGGUGUCAUUCCGAACGCAGCAGGGCUGGACCAGAUCGGACUGCCCCGAAGAUGUUGAGCAGAAUCUAAGAGCAGCAUAUAUCCGGCACUACGAAUACGUUCGCACUAGUGUUCCGAGGGAACAGCUUCUUAACUUCAACCUGGCCGACGGUUGGGAACCGCUGUGCUUGUUUUUGGGAAAAGAUGUCCCUGAUGUCUCCUUUCCACAUAUCAAUGAGAAAAAGGAGUAUACGGCCAGAAGUAAACGAUUGGGGGAUAAGAUCACCAAAAGCGCGGCGCGCAAGUUUUUUCUCCCUUGGUUAGCAUAGCACGUAGAAGCUUGCCAAAUGUCUAGGUUCGAUUCUAUCACUCUGAGAGCCGUAGGACAAAAGAUUGGAUAUCGACAACAACCCGAUUUGUAGUCACCUGAACUAGGUGGCGAAUAGCAACCUGUCUUUAGUCUGACUUUCACAUCGUCAAUCUUCUUCAUUCUGUCCUGAAAGCCCCCCAGCAUGUCAAUAUGCACUAUUUUUUAAUACAUAAAUGCUAUCCGGCAUAUAAUUGUAAUUCUUCUUACGCACUGAGGAUCGAAGACCUGAUAAGCAAUCCAUGGGUUCUUCGCGUCCAAAAAUGUGACGAACAGCUAUUCCGCACCGAUGUAAGCAUUCAAUUGAGG